AUGUCCGCGGGUACGGCAGCCAGCUACUUACAGGACCAAGGGGGAAACUGGAUGCAGUCCAGAAACUCCGCUUUUCACGCAAGAAACUCUGAGGUGUCUUCUUUCCACGCGGGCUCGGUUGUCGACUCAGCAAGCAGCGACAGCAGGACACACAAAGUCGCUGCGUCCGCUGGCCCCCCCCAGAUUGGCAGCGACGCUGAACGGUCUGGACCUACGGAAAACGCAGAAGUCCCCUUUGACUCUUCUUGCGCGUGCUCCGCUGCCGGUUCCGCCAGUGCGUUCAGAACAGAAAUGCACGGGGAAACACCCGAGAAACCUGAAGUCCACUGUGUACCCGACACACGCAUCUACGUUGAAGACAAAAAGCUUGCAGUACCUUCAGCGUUUGUGCCGGGGUACCUCCGACCAGUGCCCACACCAGUAAACAACACUGUGCUUUCGCCAUCUUCUCUUGAUUCUGUCUCUCCUUCUUUCCACUCUUCUGUCGCCUCGGCGUUGCGGUCGCUUUCGGCAGCUGGCGAAGGCGUCCAACCUUCUUGCCGAUCCCCAGGUGAAGGCCAGGCAACUUCCAAGAGCACAAACGCCGAGUCUGGGAGUCUACCGGCAAACACGGAGACAGCGCGACAAGAAGAGAAAAACAAGGACCUGUUCCAAGCGAGUCCUUCGACUAAUGAAACAGGACAGGAAAGUCAUUCUCGAGCCCCAGGACAUGCAGCGACCUCCUCCGGUAAACUGCGACUCCAUGCACGUUCACCAGACGCCCCUGGCGAGCCAGAUGGGCUCUCAGAGGCCGUUGGAAGUCACUGCUUCCCUUCUGUCGGUGACUACGCUCUGCUCUCCGAAAAUCCAAAAGUCAGCUGGACAGGAAACCGCAACGAGCAUGCGUACGUCGAGAGGCGCUCAGCCUUCCACUCCUCCUCCUCCAUGGGGUGUCUCGUCACGAUGGCCGCACCCUGCACAUCGUCGGCGGAGGCAUCAUCAGCAUCACCUUUUAAAAAGUACCUUCUUCCCGAUAGUUCACUGAAGCUUGCAGAGCACUCGAUCCCCUCAGACAGUCGGUAUGAGAACUUGGAGGCAAAUCGUUUCCUGUGGGAUUUGUCGGCGAAACCCGGUGCCGUUUCUGAGGAUACGGAGAAGCACCGUUCUGUACAGGCAGCGGACAGCGAUGAAAAGCCAAACGCCGCCAGCUGCCGUUGUGUUUCUCCGUCAGACUCUCUGUCCGUUUCGAGGCAUUCGAUUUUGGAGACGGUUCCCGACCUCAACAGCACCUGUGGCCUCCCAGACGACGACACAGGCGUUGGUGGAAUACCGCGCCAACAUAUGGUCUACUCCGGUGGAUUACAGUUAUCUCUGAGGUCGCCUCUCUCUCUCGAAGAUGCUUCCGACGAGGAUCGAACAAGCUUCGCCUUCCACAACUUUUCUUCUCCGUCGCUACACACCCCUUCCAACAAGACAGACGGCAGCCUCUGGAACCACUUGGGGUGUUCCUCCACGCCUUGUUCUUCCAACGGCAGCAAAGCCGAGGAAGCGACUCUCUCAGGAGGGAUGUCGAAGGCGAAGGAGGCGCGACAGCCGCUUUUCUUUGGCGCCUCUCAGGAGACAAGGUUUCUCAGGGCAGGCGCCCUGUCCCUGGAGGACACCGACUGCUCGGGGACUGCAGACAACGGAAUCUUGUCUGGGGAAGAGAGUGAGGGAGCCAGCACGAGUACGCACUACUACUCGGCCUGUGAACUGUCUCACAGCCUGUCUCGCGACGCAGUGAGGAUAAGGGACAUUUUCAGCGAAGAAGUCGGGGAAUUCCUCCAAGGGAAAAACCACUUCGAGUUCUGCUCACCUUCAGCUCGUGACCGGAAACACACCCUCUCUCCUAUCUUGUCUUCGAGGAAGACCGAUGCCUUCAGCUUAUCGCGGUGCCUGACACACCACGUGGAGUCGGACCCAGUCGAAAAUGGCGCCUCUGCCAGGGACAGAGGAACUUGCUUCUUCGGCGUUGUUUGCUCCUGUCUCUCGUUCUGCAAGACGCACCGCCUUUCGCGCGCGCCUGUCGUCAACCCUGUCUCUUGUUCAACAGUUUCUGGCGCUUGUGACUCGCCUUGUCUCUCACAGUCGAGCCACGAACCGCAGUCGAGCGGCGGCGACCGGACAGCAACCACGCAUGCAGCGAUCCAAAAAUCCUGCUCUUCGCUGGGCAGCGUAGGAGAGCCAGCGGCGUCUGACUCAGCCUCUUCCAGCCCCGUCUCUCACCAUGAGGGGCUUCAGCGCUAUCAGGUUUCCUGUCCCCACUGUUCUUCCUCGCCUCACGCGUCUCCGUUUGACUUCCUGGGGUCGUCCGCUUUCACAGCCAUACACGAAGAGGAAACAUGUCUCGAAUUUCCAAGUGCGUCUAUAUGCAUGGACAGCUUCCACCUUCCACCCUGCUCGCUUCUCUCUCUGACCGACUCGAGUCUUUUGCGCCCGUGGAAAUCCCUCAACACUGUCUCCGGGCGUCCUUGUUCCUCUUCUUGUUCUUUGCCUGUGGCGCCUUUGGAAGAAAGCAGGGCAUCCGUCUUUCUACCUGGUGGCACCUGCGAUGUCACAAGCCUUAAGGGGGAUUCUUACUCGGCUGGCGCACAGAGUCUCCCCACAAGAAACGCACUCUCUGUGUUCUCUCCAGAAAGGCAAGAGCGAAUCAAACCUGGAGAGUCCGAAGGCUUCCAUGCAUUCACUUCAGCAGUGACUUUCCUCCCGAGUUUCGCCGAGAGAGAGCGGCCGUCAUUCGAGGACAGCCAACCAGUUUGCGUCGAAGACGAGAGGCGACAGAACACGGGGAGACUCGCCAGAGCGGCAAACGGGAAAAGCCAGAACGAAUGGAUUCCUGGGGGAAGUGGAAUGGACGAGUCUGGACAACAGUGGACGGCUUCUCCGUUGGCCAGAGUUCACCCGGACAUGUCUUCGCAGGUAGAGGAAAACGGACAGCCGCAAAGCACAAAGAGAGCAACAGACGCAAGCCCCCGAGAGCCCCGAGGGAACGGUGGCAGCCCUCAUACCCGACAGGACAGCACAGAAUGUGAAAGUCGCGAAACGACGAACACAGACAUCUCGGGGACCCCAAAUGAGGGCCAACGAGAGACCUGUUCAAUCUAUGCACAUGCUUCCGUCCAAGAACUACCAGCGACGGAGCUCCAGGCGACCAAACAGGAACGCGUAGGCACCGAAUUCCAUCUCAGUUCAGCGAACAGAAGAACACCUCAGGACGAGAAGGAGGUACACAAGUGGGUACACGGCGAAGCAGAACAAGAUCUGAAGACGCGCCUGCAGUUAGAAACCCACCACGAAGAGCAACGGAUGGAGUCCCCGGCGCGACCCUCGACUGCGUCGGUCGCCGGUUUGUUCUGCGUCGAUGGAGCUCUGGAGUCUCCUCUGCUUCAUCCUCUGCCGCCUUCGUGUCUAAACCGAAACACUUUGGCUGCUGACAAUGGCGCUCACGCUGACGGCUUCCCCAUCGUCCCUCUACCCUUCUUGGUCUAUCACGUAAAUGCCUCUCCGGAACGAGCGAGAGCCGCAAGCGCCUCUGUCUGUUUAGAAGCUAACGCCGGUACUACAACCAGUGCCAUCCCUUCGUCGUGGCAUCGCGAGGUUUCUCGCACCUCGGCGGCUUCGUCCUCUUUGCCUUUGUCCGUGGUUGGCGACUCCAAGGUGGAUCCCCAUGCUGUGUCUCCGAGUGGGACGAAGGGGUGCUGGCCGCCUCAUUGUCGCCUCGAAAUGGAUGCCUGCAGAGUUCCAGCGUCGUGUUCUCCGGCACGAGAAAGAAGGCCGUCUGCAGCCCCGCGUCGAUCCCGUACCGGCUCUGAAGGCGUAGCUGGUGCGCUGCUUCCUCUGGACGGCGCUUGCGUCGUCGCUCUCAGGGAAGCAGAGCAGCCGUCGGCAAGAAAACAUCAGGAAGCCUUGAUUUUUCCAGAUGCUGAGGAAACGCAGAAGGUCGCCUCAGACUCGCAAUCUCCGAUCGCCUCAGCGGCCCCCUCAGAAACUGUCGGCGGCUCCGCCUCGCAGAGUUCGGGUCCUAGGACGCUAAAAGAAGGCGAAAGGAAAUUCCACUCCAGCAGCGAUGAAGCACGUCAGCUCGGUUGUUCUGCGGAAGCGGCAAGCGGCUGUCUGUCCCUUCUGCCCCUGACACCGUCUCAGAAAACAUGUCUUGAGUCUGCGUCAGCUCUAGGCGAGACUCGGUCGCGGAAUGGAAGUGAUGGCAAACUAGCUGAGGAGUCCUGUGUCCCAGCCGGGGGUGAGGCUGCCGCCCCUUGUAUGGGUCCCAGCCCUGUCAUGCCUCUCACAACCUGUUCCCCGCCUCCGAGCUCGUACCCUCCAGGGCACAGUACCCUCCCACGACUGUGUCUGUCGUCCUCCGAUCCUUCCCGGGGUUCCAUCACCUCGACGAGCGCGAGGUCCACAACAGAGGCUUCGACUCCUGGCCUUCGAUCCGCUCUGCACGAACCUAUGCAAAGCGUGGAGCUCGCCCCGCAUCCCUCGCGAGAGAGUCCUCGUUUCGAGGCUCCUGCGGAUCUACGAGCUUCGUCACAGGCUAAGAAGCACAGUCUUGUUUGCGAUGUGGACCCUGUCGAGCGUACCGUCCCCACGCCUCCUAGCAUGCUGUCGGAUGCGCACGACUCUCGCAGCCACCCUCCCGCUGCACCUCUUUCAGAGCCCCCGCAAUCGGAAGGCCCUAUAGUCUCUUCACAUGCCGACUUGGACUCUUGGACUCUCACUCCGGUUGCUGGGUGUCAAAUGGCAGCAGAGGUAGAAUCCAUCGACCAAGCCCAGGCUCAGGCACCCUUCCAUGCAUGCAGUUCGAGCCCCUUCGAGUAUAGUACAAGGUCAGCGAACACCUUAGUGCCCUGCAGCAGUGCGAGGGAGUUUUACGGUUCGCGGGCUCCACUGACGCCUGCUGGGGCCUCGUGUCCGCAACUUCCUCCCAGCUCGGCCCCUGGGCUGUCUGCGACUCCAAGCGUCGAGGGGAGUCAGUUCCGACACCUUGUCCCCUCGCCGCAGAUGUUUUCUGGUCUCGCUGUGCCUUCGGCUUCGGCAUCCGUUUCCCUUGCGGGAUGUUCGACUGCGCUGCCGUCGGCCGAUCGUUGCCUGGCCCCCGCCAGCUUUGGGGCGCGCGGAGAGGCUGUCCCGGUGUUUCCUGCAAUUCGACCAGGUCUCGCCCAAGCCGGGUUGGAGGCUGUGGGGUCCUCGCCGCGUCGCACCGGGGGACCUCGAGACGAGGUGCCCGCCAUCUGGGAGUCUACCAGUUUCUCGGGGACUUCUACGGCCUCGGGGGCGCCAGGCAUCAGACCUGUAGCGUUUCGUCCUGUUUUCCCCUCUGCACCCAACAUGGCGGUGGGUGCCCGGCGCAGCGGAGCUGAGGUGCUGCCGCCCAGGCCUUCCAGGUCUCAGUCUGCGCCUUCUCUCUGUCCUGGGUCCCUGCUCACGUCGCGCUCAUGCCCAGACUUAGCGCCUUCUCUCUGUGCUCCACCGGCUUCCUUUGGGGCUUCUGCGCCGUCGCCCGCCUCCGUGAAUUCCUGUCGCAUGUCACCACCCAGAGUCUACCACGUCGUCAUGUGCACGCGGCGCUACUGGCGAGUCGAGUGGGUCAGCCCAGACACCGGCCGUCGGGUGUACAAACACUUUGGAGAGAACAAGUACGGCGGCGGAGAACAAGCGCGCGAGGUCGCCAUGAAAUUCUGGGACGAAGUUCGCAGACGUUCCGUCGAUGGCGUGAUGCGCGGCGAGUGGGCUGGACUCCAGGAGGUGACGCGACGCGUCCGAGAGGAAGGUGUGGACCGAAUUCUCCACGAGGUCGCAAGUGGAGGAGGCGGUGCCGACUCCGAGGCCUCCCUGCAGGACUCAGUCCCCAAACCGGUUGCCUCGCAGCUUAACCCAGCCCCGAGAGAGGGUCCAGCAUGCCAAGAACCCCGGCAAAGUGAAAGCGAAGGCUUCUAUGGACAUCAGGCAGCAGAGGCGCCAGCACUCAGCGAUCAUCAGGAGUCCCCGGGCCACCGAAGCGUUCGCGGGCCUUCUCGCGAAGUCGCCAAAGUGCCGGAACCUCCAGGCCGCUCGUCGGUCCAGGGACCGUUGCGGGAGGCGCAUGGGGACAGCGCGGUCGGCCAGGCGGCUGCCAGAGCGCAAACGGCUCCCACGGACAUGCCGCUUCAGGCCUACAGCCGUCUUAAGACAAGAGACUCCAAUCGUGUGCCUGUGCCCAAAGACCAGGUCGGUUGCGUUCUGCCAGCGAGCCAGUCCCCGGGCUCAAAAGCCCCCGCAGCGUCGUCCUCUCACUCUGGCGCAAGUUGGGAUGGUCCACGCGUGCCACAGAAACCGAUUGACUGUGUGGAAGCGUCUUCUGUCCUUCGCGACGCUCACUGCGAUGGAGGCUUUCCUGGAUAUCCGAGAAACCUUCAGAGCCCAAGAGACGAACCCGCCGGUGGCGAAACACAGACAGGUCUCGUCGGCGGGAGACUGUCUGAAACGCUUGAGCCGCGUUCGGAAGCUCAUACGCUGCAGGUUCUUCUCUGGGCCUCUAACGCGCAUGCAGCAAGUCGCGGAAAUAUUCAACCGCCGAACACGCACUCGGACAGAGACGUCUCUGUCGAGCGGGAGACAGCAACGGACGGAGACACGCGCGGCGGGACGCAGCCCCAAGACAGAGGUCCAAGAGGCCAGUUUCUUCAUGUAGAGCGAUUGGGGCCUCCGAUGCAGCUGUUGUCGAAGCGUGAAGAUGAAUACACCUCACAGCUUUCUUCUCAGGUUCCGGACGCGCGAGAUACCCACGGCCUGAAAACGGAAGCGAGUCCAUCAGCCAUGGUGGCUGGUGAAAGAAGCGCAGACAGCGCUGAACGAGAAGGGAUAGAGAAGGGGGAAGCAAAUGCCAAUCUGUCAGGGCGCAAACCGGAGUGGAACGUCAAGGAAGCGGAGGAUCACGGCGCGUCCACCGAUUCAGCAACUGCGUGGAGAUUUGGGCUUACCUCGGCGAUUCUAGAACAACCUCCCACCCCGCACCGCAUCAGCGAGGCCUCGGGAGCCGGUAGGGACGGUCAAGAGGCGCUAACACCUGGCAUGACAGCUGAGGGUGAGACGCGUUUGCCGGAGAAGCCGGCCACUGCUUUCCGUGGCACCCUCCAUGAGUCGACAGCUUCUAAAAGGAUCAUGUUGUCGCUUACCUCGUGCAGAUAUGAAAAAAGGAACUCAGAACGUCAGUUGAACACCGAGGAAACAACACACGCCAGUUUUCCACUGCGCUCUAGCGCGGCACUGGGUGCCGAGAAUGCGGGUCGCUCUGAGGUAUUGCCUAGUCAAGGAGACUUAAAGGGAGCAGCAGCAGACGGUGAUUCUCUCUGGGGACCGACAUCCGAACCCGUGGCUAUGUCAGAGGCUGCACAAAGCCUCUGGAGCUCUCAAGAAUCAAAGCAGCUCUCGUGUUCAGACACACCUGAAAUUCAGACGCAAAGCAACCUUCGCUGGAGCCCUGGGAGAGAGCAAGAAUCUGACGCACCCCUGGAAACCGGCACUGAUCCUCGACGUUGUGAUGAGAGAUGCGCGGGACGUACAGGACAGACGCUUGUGCAAGCGUGCGACCUGGACCAAAUUCCUUUGAGGAACAGUGGAUCCUUCGGGUGUGCAGAUCGGGUGGCACAAACGCCAUAUAUUCAGAUUCAGGGAGAACAAGAGAGUUGUUGUGGCGUUGCUCAGAUGGGUCACAGCGGGCCAGGGAAGGAGGCACAGCCAAACAGGCAACAAGAAGGGAGGCCCGAGUGGGGCGAUGAGAAAUUGAGGUGUCAGACGUAUCCGCGUAGCUUGUGCUCUGUUCAGCUGACAGAAGAGCCGAACGCAGAUUUUCAUGCGGACGCCCAUUCCCGGCUCGUUCGGAGACAGGAUAGCCUUCAAGUCCCUUCCUUAUGUCAGGCGACGUUUGCCCAGGAAGAAAACAAGACAGCUACACCAAGGCGCAACAUGGCGUCUGCCACUCGCCGCACCCAUGUGCCGGGCGAGUCUUCAAACGUGGAAGAGAGAGAGCAGACUGAUGUCUCCGGGUCGACACACGCGAUGACCUUUCAUCUCAGUGAAUCGGAGGAACUCAAUCCUGGAUUGGCGCAUGCGGCACACAAAUGGGCCUCUCCAGGUGCUUCCGAAGGUCCGGGGACACCCCAGACUGGAUCGAAGGUCAGGGGGGAUACUCGGCGUCAUUUAACGGUAGUCGGAGGCCAAGGUCUUCCUUUCGAAAGCUUGCUGACUCGCGGAAACGAGCCGGGGGCUUGUCUCCAUCCGUUCGUUCAAUGCGAAUCUAGAGGGACUUCGCUUUGGGGUGGCAGCGUGGCAUUGACUGAGGGAACUCGCUCGGUUUCGCUGAGACAGCAGGACGGCGACAGUUCAACUGACCUGCUUGUGGCCUGUGAGGGAAAGGAAGACAGCUGCGGACAGAGAAAGCAAACUUGUGAAGCGUCCAGCUUUAAACCCUGCGAAGAAUCGGGACCUGGCGCUUCAGGCCAGUUAAUCUUAUCCGAGACUGCUGAUAAUUCGACAGAAGCCAAGCAUGACAGCGACCGGAGUCGGGUGGGUGUGGAGAGUGGCAUGUCCCCGGAAUCGAGCUCUAGGAAACAGCUCGGAAGGGCUCUCUCCUCUGAGUAUUCGUCGCCACACAAGGCUUCCCUAUUUGGGUCUGAACUUUGUCCGUCCACCUGUGACACCACACCAGUCCCUUCAAGUAAAGACAGAGGAUUUCGACCUUCCUCAGCUCCAGGGUCUCCGCUCUCCUCGUUCCUUUCCUCGACGGCUGCGAACUCGCGAGCGACGUCGCCGGGGAGUUGUCGGCAUCCACAGUCCAGAAAUUCCUAUUCGGAUCCGUUCUACCAAAAACAGCUUCCACCUUCGCUUUCUCCGGAUCCCUGUGACCUUCCUCGGGCUCUGCAAGACCCAGCUUUCUCUCAGGCGUUGCUUCAGCUGGCGACGAACACGGCAGUCAAGGGUGAACGCCACUCGGAGAGGAUGCGUGGCGAAGCAUCUCGUCUUGCGGCCUCUCCUCUCGCAUGCCCAGUUGAAUCUCUCCAGGCUCAGGGUGUUGUACAGAAUGCCCCUGAGGCUUUAGUCUCCGCCACUGUCCUGUCUGUGCAGCCGAGCGACCUCGCCGGCCACAGAGGAGCUGCGGGAGGAGUGGCGCCACAUGGGGAAGCCUUGGCUUCGUUUUCCCUCGUGCAGGAAUCAACAGACUGUCCACGUAGCGGUGAGACUGCGACGCGCCGCCAGUCUCAAGAGGUCGACCUUUCGGGGAGACAGUUUGCUGGCACAGUUCCUCCGGCCAUGCCGAUGCUAAUGCAGUCUUUGCUAGAACCGGAGCAGGCGGAUUCCUCUGCGAGCCCUCACAUAGCUUCCGCCAAUGCAGCGAUCAAGAAUGAAGCCCUGAAGGAGCAAGGAGAGAAGGCGAGAAAUUCUACAGGAAAAAUUGAGACCGGCGUGUUGCCUCCGGAUCCUAGAGCUGUAACGCCGUCUGUCGACGUCCAAGGCAUCCACGGGGGCUUUGACCACCCAGCGCGAGGCGAGUCUCCCAUGGGGCCUUCUCUUGGUGCGAGUGAGUGCGGAUCCCGGUCAACUCAUUCGGUUCCUUUCAAGGAUAUGGCGACCGAUCCCCGAUUGGUUUCCUCGACCGGAGCUCCCUCAACUCCGACUGUCGCGCCUCAGACUCCGCUGGCCUUCUCGCGCCUUCCUGACGAUUCUGCGGGACGAGUCAGGGGACCAAGCCGCAACUCCGGGUCGUCGCUCUCAUCGGAGAUGUCUCCGGCCUUCGCGAGGCACUCGCCUUGGCCACAAAAUCUCGCGAGUCCGCCCGCGGUUUCGCCUCGAUCUUCAGCGGCGCUUCAGAACCCCAGUGAGCAUGCGGCCAAAAGGCCCGCCUGGGGGACAGAGGAGGCCAACGCUUCUCCGAAGUACGUGUUACGGGGCGAAGACAGUAUGCUGUCGUCUCCACAGCUUGGGGUACGGGCACAGGCCAGCUUGUGGCCCGCCUCCCUCUCAGGGGCCCCGUCGCCGAGAGGUUUUCAGUUGUCUCUGCAACAAGUCCACACUCGUGAAGCCGCCUCUGGGGUCUCUUCAUCAUUUGAGGCGCUGCCACAACGCCAGACGUCACCUUUCUCGCUUUCUCACGCGGCCCCCGAGUCAGUGUAUUCCUCAGAAGGACUCCCCACGCAGAAUCCGGCACCCGAGUCUUUAGGAGUGCCUUACCAGCAGUACACGCUGCUGCGUUUGAGCAACAAUGAGCUAGAGAAAGGAGAGCAUGCUCCACUCGACAACCCCACGCCCGGCGCGACUUUUAAACACGGACCAGUGCAUGCGACGCCUGUGUGUAACGGGCCUUUUUCAGCUUCGGCCGGGAUCCGGGCAAGCAGCACGGUUUCCUCUGCUCCGAAACCUCCGUUUGCAAGUUCUUCGGGGGCUGCUCGAGGAGGUCAAAGCAGUGGGACGAGCAAUUCGCGACACAGCACGCGAACGCCAGGGCGAAUCUACUCCCUUCUCGUGAGAGGCGUUCGGUGCUGGAGAGCUGAAUGGCAUGAGAAGACCAGUGGCCAGAGAAGGACAAGACAGUACGCGGCUCCGAAACACGGCGAAGAACGCGCUCGGGCCAUGUGCCUCUGGGCCCUCUGUGAAGCCAACUGUGUGCCUGUUCAUUUGAUCAAGGAGGCGCAAGAACGCUUUGGGUACGACCCUCGCAACAGGCCCGUAGCUGACACUGGCGGUGCUAGCCUCCAAGCGGGCCUCAGUGGGGGCGUAAGGCUGGUAGCGGCGCAGGGAGGGGACAGUGACGUCACCAAAAAGCGGAAGCGCGGCCCGCCCACAGUGCCUGGCGCCCACGCGAAAGGAAGCCAAGAAGCUUCUGUGAGUGUUGGAGGUGACACUGAAAGGUACAGAAGGGAGACACCGGGGGCUCAGCUGCGACCCCAAGCGUGGGCAGAAGCCUACGAGAGAAACCUUAGAGAACAUCCGAGAGACCCCGAGACAGAGGACAGCAUGACGUGCGCAGACGGAAAUGCACUGGGAGUCGACCUCGGCUCUCGCCACCGAACUCUUCCAGGAGACGCGGGAAACGUUUAUUUACACGGGCAUUGCCAGGCCACUGACGAGGGGGCGUUCUCCGCCCACCGGGCUGGGGAUCCGCCUGCGGGCGCCAGCCAGAUCCAUUUGUUAAAGGCAGACACUUCAGAGCCGCUAUCCGCAGUUCCGGCACACAGGCCACCGACCCCGUACUGCUUCUCAGACGGCACUGUCACUCAUAAUAGCCAAGCGCCUGAGUACAGACGGAGUUUCGCCGGCACCCCUAACAUGAAAACUACAGGGUCACAACAGAAAGACCCAGAAGCGUUCUACGGAGGACUUUCGGAUUUUAGGCUUUCCAGACCGCGUCCGUUCUCCGAGAGUAGUGGAUUGAAUGAGCAGUCUAGGCAGCCACUGGUUACUCUCGCGAAUUCAGAGAUGUCGGACGGACAAGACUCAAAGCUUUCGGUGGUGAAGGCAACUGCGGACAUCAAGGGGAUCGGAGUGACCGGGCUUCAGAACACCGGAAGCGUUUUCUACGGUGGAGGUACGGGCAGCAAGGGUCUAUUUCAUCCUUCUGACGGGACCGAAUACAAGUCGGUAGACCCUGCUGCUUCACCAACGACGGAUCGGACUGUCUCUGGGUUGCAAACCGUUUCUGUGAGACAAGGACUAAUCACAGGGGGUGGCGCUGCUCUUGAUGGCAAAGCGUUUUCCAAUCUGGCAGACGCGUUGUUACCCAGUGCGGAGACCCCUUCGCGCCUCGGCUGCCGUCGCUCCUACGAAUGUGCCUCGACAAUUUCAGCUGCCUCACUGGGUAACGGAUCCGAUCCAGACAUAACUUCGGGGAUGUUACGCAUGCAACCGUCCGAUUGUUUCGGGGAGGGCGGCUUGGCUGACAACCAGGCCAACAAGAGGCCAAGGCAAUCUGAGGACUGCGGUGGCACCGCGCUCUUACACCCGCUGGCGCCUCACUCGCAGAGCAUCACAGGAUCUUGUGUCGCCUCUGCGGGUCUCGGGUCCACAAAGGGUGACGGCAGCUAUCUACCGUCGGACCGUGCGGGACGAGUGGCCUGGUCGCUGAUUGCGCAAGGCUGGACUAUUCCCAAGUGUUCCCUCCACCGCCAGUGGCAGCCGAGGGAAAGAACAUUGAUCGCCGGAAGGGCAAAUGAACAUGCGACGAAAGCAGAGGACGUUGCAGAGGAACAAGGCCAACUUGCAGCACAGGCCGUGGUUGCCGAAGAGCAGUCUCAGCAACGUCCGAACAGAUACGUGGAGGACGUCUCAGACGACUGCCUUUCCUACCACAACUAUUACCGGUCGGAAGAUCUCGAUUACCCACUCCUGCCUCUGCAGUUCAGUCAAGAGCUGCUUGAUAUGGUGAUGAACAUCGCCCAAUCACGUGCAGAUGGGAACUGCAGUGAAUGGGGUCACUCGAACCGUGAUCUCCGUCCAGGAGCUGCGGAGAAUCUCUACGGCACCUUCGAGGACCCUCCUCGAUGUGAAAGAGGCGUCUAUCUUUGGUUUGAGGAGUACCGCGAAUUUCAAGGUACAUACCCUGGGACGAACUGGACGGAUUGGUUUCACCUGGUCGUUGGACACUUCACCCAGUUGAUGUGGCACUCAGCGAGGUACAUGGCAUGCGCGCGCACGCGAGGCUGUACAAAUGACAACAACCAGUUGUUUUGCCUCUACAUGCCUGCGGGGAAUAUCGCCGGGCAGGCGCCGUUCAGCCGAGAAACAUGGAAUUCGAUCCUCCGUCGUGAGAAAAAGUACCAGCAGUACACGAAUUCCCUUGAAGGAGGUAUGCCGCUUGGCCUUGCUCUUCACCCUCCACAAAAAGCGGAUUAUGGAAUGGUGAGUGAAGCUCGUGGAGAAGACCGCAAACGCAUGCAUGUCGUCGCUUCUAAAUCGCCUAUGGAUGAAACGAAACUGAUUAAUUUCUCUGGUCGACCCGACGCGCGAGUGAUCGGGACCAACGCCGCGACGGAGGAGCAUCUGAAAUCGCCUUCAGCGACGGAAGAGAUUUUAGAGGAAAAACGUGAAGCACACUCUGCAGAACCAUACAAAAGAGAGGUGUUGAGAACAGAAAUUGGAAAAACGGGCGAAAAGCCUCUAGCGAAGGACGAACUCGGGGACGCAGGUGAAGAACCACCUCGCGAAACGGACACGAAGACCGAUGAACGAAAGGAAGCAACCUCGGAAAGCAAGGAACAACGAGGAGACGACGAAUCAGAAAGAAAUUCCGGGUUCGCUUCUUUACAGUCGCCACCCAUUUACGACUGGAUACUCGGCUGGGGUCUGGAGAAACCUCCCCCUGAGUAUUUGGCAAAAGUAAAGAAACUCCUGCAAAACACAGUCCACCGGGAAAGCUGGCUUCCCGCUGUCUGUUAUACACCGCAAGCAGAGAACUUUGCCGUUUGCCACACGGAAGGAAGAAUUAACGCCCACUAA